AUGGCAGCUCACAUCAUUCACGACUUCCUCAAAUACCCCCGCUCUUUGGAGCUCACUCGGUGUAUUUUGUGGCUGCUGUUGUUCCCUCCUCUCCCGAAACACGAUCCCUGGGUAGGCGGGCGGGGGCAGCGGCCGCCAGUAGCCGGCUCGGCACCCCGGCGCCCGAAACCCGCCGGGAUUCCCCAUCCUGCCGCCGGCCUGAGCGCGCCCAUCGGGGAAGCCGCGGGGAAGGGCGCCCCGCAGCCGCGGCGGGGCCGGCACAAGCGCGGCGCUGCGGGGCGGGGAGCGGAGCGCGGGGCUCUCGCUUCCAGAGGCGGGCGGGACCCGCUCCGCGCCCGGCGAGCCGAGCUGAAGCCCCGCACGGCGCGGCUGCACAUGGCGCGGCCCCGCUCGGCGGCAAGUGGGCGAAAACUUGUUCCUCCGUGUGUUCUCCCGCUCUGCCGCGGGGCCGGAGCCACCCGGGAGAGCCGCGUAUUGUCGGGGGCGGGGGGCGAGACGGGGGCCGAGGGAGGGCGGGUGGGCGCGGGCAAGAGGAGCCGCGCCGCCCGCCGCUGCCGUCUCCCUUUCCUCCCCUGCCGCAGGUCUCGCUGCGGGGAGCGGAGCGGAGCCAGCCCCCGAGGGGAAACGCCUGCCCCCGAAGAAAGGGCUGCCCGGAGCCGGAGGCGCCCGAAGGGAAAAGUUGCGUGCGGGGCCGGGCCGGGCGCGAUGCCGGGGCGCGGCGCGCUGUGCCUGGGGCUGCUGCUGCCCGUCCUGCUGGGCUGCGGGUCGGCGCAGCCCGGCGGCUGCCCGGCCCUCUGCGAGUGCUCGGAGCCGGCCAGGACGGUGAAGUGCGUGAACAGGAACCUGACGGCGGUGCCCCCCGACCUGCCGCCCUACGUGCGCAGCCUCUUCAUCACCGGCAACCCCCUGACCGACCUGCCGGCCGGCGCCUUCUCCGCCCAGCGCCUGCCCGACCUCGCUUCCCUCAACCUCAGUGGCAACCACCUGCGGACCGUGGAGGCCGGCUCCCUCGCCCUGCCCGCCCUGCGGCAGCUGGACCUCAGCGGCAACGCGCUGGUCUCCUUCAGCCCGCAGGCCUUCGGGGAGGGCGGCAGCCCGCUGGAGGAGCUGCUCCUCCGCGGGGCCCUGCGCGACCACGGCGUCCUGCUCAGCCUGGCCGCCCUGCUGCAGUCCGGGGCCCUGCGCAACCUCAGCCGCCUGGAGCUGGCCGACAACGGGCUGCUGCUGCUGCCCGCCGGCAUGUUCACCGCCCUGCCGGCCCUGCGGCUGCUGGACCUCAGCAACAACUCCCUGGUGGGCCUGCGAAAUGUCUCUUUCCAGGGACUGGGCCAGCUGCAGAGCCUCAACCUGAGCGAUAACUCCCUGGGCGUGCUGUGGAACAGCACCCUGGCCCAGUUCCGCAGCCUGCCCGCGCUCCGGCACAUCGUCCUGCGCCACAACGCCUGGGUCUGUGACUGUGCCAUCGAGGACCUGGUGGCCUGGCUUAAAGAGAGCGACCAGGUGGAGGGCAAAGAAGCCCUGACCUGUGCCUCCCCUGACAAGAUGUUUGGCAAAGCCCUGCUGAAGAUCAAUGGCUCGGACCUGAACUGCUCCGUGCCCAUAGACCUGCCCUCCCAGCUUCAGACUUCAUACGUCUUCCUGGGGAUAGUCUUGGCUCUCAUUGGGGCCAUAUUCCUCCUAGUUUUGUACUUGAACCGAAAAGGAAUCAAAAAGUGGAUGCACAACAUCAGAGAUGCCUGUAGGGAUCACAUGGAGGGCUACCACUACAGAUACGAGAUCAACGCAGACCCCAGGUUAACAAACGUCAGCUCCAACUCAGAUGUCUGACAAAAUGCCCCGGAUGCAGGGCAGUGCAAAGUACCUAUGCAUGAAAAGUAGACUUAUGCUUUACCCUUGUGCUUGCUUCCAUCUCCCCUGGAAAGUCUCAGACAUGCUUGUAUCUUGAGGGGGAUAUGCCUCCCUGUGAUGUCAAGUUAAUUUUUGUUUUGAGACACUGAACUGCUGAGCAUGGCGUUCAGCUGUGUGUAGGAAACAAGCUGCUACUUAUUUUCCUCCUUGCCUGUCUGCACUUGUGGGAAAUUUUUCAAGUUGUCAAAAGAAAAAAAGGAUUCUCUCUGAUGAUCCAAAGCCACCAGAGUUUAUAAAACGUUUACUAAUGCAGACGCUUCAACAAAAGCUGCCUCAACUUUUUGGGAAAAAAAAAAAUGUUAUGUUCCUCUGUGCCAGUUUUGAUCUUGUAUAUCUGAAUUGAGACGCGAUGAUUACAUUUCAUAGACUAUCUUGAGAUUUUAAAAACCAAACAAACUCCUUUUAACAGCUCUUCAGAAGGAAAUCAAAUAGCAAGCAUGCACAAAUAUUGUAUAGUUUUACAUGUUAGGAAAUUUAUGAUCUCAGUAAGUCUCUUACUAUUUUGUAGUUAUUUUUGAUUGCAGUUUACGUGACUUGACAGAAUUUUUUUAUACGAACUGCAUUUAAACUCCAUCUAAACUCAGUCUGAACUGUUAAAUUCAAUAAACAGUCUUACAAGAACUGUUGUUUGCUGUUCAAUGAGAAAAGUAUGGACAUCUAAGAAUGUGAAUAGUGCUAUAAUCUCCGAAGUAAUAGCCCUGAAGUAGUAAUAUGAAUAAAAGUUUAUACAAAUGUGUAGCUUAGAGCCAUAAAUGUUUGACAACUUUGUGAUAUAUGCUAGGAGAAUUACACUGAGCUUAAUUACACUGAGAAUUAAACUACAGGAGCAGUUUCACUUGGCACAAACCCCUCAGACUGCCCUCUGAAAGCACCUGCAUAAUGUCAAGACAGAUGCUAGGGUCUGCCUUCCUGGGAAGGUACAAGCUAAUAGAAUUUUCAUAAGGUCUUCUCUACCAAAUUAAAAAACAAAAAAACAACCAAAUUAAAUUGUGGAGUACGCAAGCUAAAGAACAUUUUACCUGAAUGGAAUGGCUUAUUAUAAAAAACUAUACUUGUGUGUCCUGAACUAAAUUAAAUGCAGCUCAGUCGUGCGGUCAGGAAGCUCUAGGCUUAUGCAUCACUACAGCAGUUAUUAGAUUGCUGUUCCUUUUUAAGGUCUUGGUACUUGUGAGGCUCUGUAGCGAUCUACUUCCAGUAACUUGAUGAAACUUUACAUUUAUAUUUAUGCAUUUAACAGGUGCACUUCAGUAUGGUAUGUUGCUUGCUACUUGCUUGGGAAUGCGUUUUCUUGUAAAUAGAUAAAGCAUGCAAAAGAACCCUUCAGAAUGCCUAAUUUAAGAUGCAACUCUGACCACAUAUAGAAAGGUUAGCAAGAACCUUGCAGUGGCUGCCAAUAAUUAGUGCACUUUUUCUAAUAUAUUUAUGGUUUUUUAAUGAAAAAAAAAUACACCAGCUGUAAAAGUGUGAUGUGACUUGAUAUAUAUCAGUUUAUCUGUGGAGCUUUUUCCAUGGUCACUGUUACUUGAAGGUCUUGAGCAUCUCUCAAAUUUUAUGAAUUGCUGGCUAAUUCCUUUUGCUUUCGAAAGUGACAGUUUUCUCAUAGAUGUAUACAUUUGGUAAGAGCUCAAAUACAAAAUAGUCUUUAAAGUAUCAGAAGAAAUAUAAUCUAUUUUGGGCAUUGGUAUUAUUCAAAAGUGUUUCUCAUCUUGCGACUUCAGACAAAGCAAGUAGCACAAUUUGCUUUUGAUUCAUUUUCUACUGCUUUAAAUUGGAUUUGUUUAACAGCAGUGAUUUUUUUAAUGUACUUAUGUGCAUUUACCCUUAAAAGUAAAAAAAGAAUGGAUAUUAAGUACAACUAUCAUUUUGUAAAUCAGUAUAUUUUGCAAUUAAUGUGGAAUAAGUGAUAGUAUAUUUUCCUGCUGUAAUUUGAAUGUAUGAGCAAUAUCUGGAUAAUGGCAUAUUAAUUAAAUUUGUCAAUUCUUACAAAGCAGGCUGCCCGUCUCAAUAUUAGCUGCCCAUAUUUUAAGGAUAGUGUGAAAACCCCCGUGUGAAGAACUGUUGCUGUUGCCACUAUGCAAACCCUUCAUACUUGGUGUACAUCAGAUAGGUUAUAUAAGAAUUUACAGUAGCUGCGCUGUGUGCUUCGUUGUAUCCGUUAUCCUGGAGAUUAUCAACUUACACGUACCUGUACAGUGCCAAGAGGAGUAGAGCAUCAUCCUUGCUUAAGAUGCUCCUGUAAUACAGUAGAUAAAACAUGUGCAAACCAAGCCAUUUCUGGGGCAAUUUCCUGAGUUUUGUUAACAGAUACUUUAACUACAGUAAAAGCAAUUAUCCGUGAUGUGUUAAUGUAACGGCUGUGCGUUUGUGGAGCUGUGUAAGGACAGGCAACGACUUUCAUUGCAGACUCUCACCAAUGGAGCAAGUAUUUGUAUAGUGAGCAAGUGUAACUGUUGUUACUGUUACUACACAUAUUAUUCUAAAGAUUAUUAUUACUAUUAUUUUUGUAUCUUAGUCAAUGUAAUAGAAAUUUAUUAGAGAUCUGGUGACAGCUGCUUAAAAACAAUUUUUGUUAUUUGCUUACAUGUGUAUUUAUUAGGAUGUAACAUUUAGCAUGUGUCAGUGUUGUGUUGGAUGAUGUUCCCCUACAGUGUUUGACCAACAGUGAAUGCUUUGGUGUUUUGUACAAUGCAUUAUUUGAUCUUAAAUUCCCUUCCAUAAACAGUGCUUGAAAUUUG